AUGUUGCCGGAUGCCAGGUAUAUGACCGGCGGUGAAAGUGAGAUGCAAAGAGGUGACGGUACAACCGCCAAGGUUCGCUCCCCACAAAUGGUAGGUCCAGGUCCUAUCUUUCUGAUAUUCCAACCGGAGUGGCUGAUCCAUACUCGCAUUGAGCGCGGCGCAGUCGUCCUUCAGAGCAGAUAUGUGUCUCAUAUCGCCAUCCCCACGGGUAAUAAGCCCGAAAGGAUCACCAUUGUGACUUCACUGCGCCCACGCGACCCUCUCCUUUUGGAAAACUCGUCCCUCAUGAAUGUUCGAAACAAGUCCCAACUGCCUGAACUAUACUAUCAGUGGUCUAGCUACCGCCUCCACCUUCUGAGCGAGAGAUCUCGACUCGAGGCCGGAAGGCUCGAUGUUGCGCACCGCAAAGAAAACCAAGCGAGUGAACGAGGCAGCGGAAAUUGCAAAACGGACAUAGUGGAUCUGGCAAGCUUGCAGAAGUGGAUGGACGAGCAGAUGAUGUACAUGAGACGAACAUUGUUUGAGAUGAGGCCAGUCACUGCCGAAGACAAUUUGCACAAGAGUGAGAUUCAAGAGAUGACUAUGUAG